AUGUCAAGGAUGAGUGGAUUAGCAGUUCAGAACAGCGUCGACGCACUCCCUCAAGAGGAGGAGCUUCCUCGCGAGGAGGAGCCCAAGGAGGUCUCUCUUGAGGGUCUCUCUCUGGCGGAAAUCCCCUCUGAUUGGAACGGCCCUGAAGAAGACAUUUUCGACCAAAUCGACAAAGAAGAUGAUUCUGGCCAGGGAGACGACUCUACCCAAGAAGACGACUGUACCCAAGAAGACGACUCUACCCAAGAAGACGACUCUACCCAAGAAGUCGAGCUCACCCUAGACGAGAUCCACCCCCACAAACAAUACAACCCGCCGUCAGACACAGACAACUGCAGGUAACCUGCCUCAAAACCUGGACAAGAACAAUCUCACGACGCUAUACCCUCCUAUCCUGCCCUAUAUGCCGUGGCCAGCUCCCGCGUGCAACCAACAACACUAGAAUCAGCUUCCUGGAAAUCUUGCGUCGAGACGAGAGGAGAACCACUACCUAGCUUUGAAGACAUGAUUGUCCCUAUGAUCCGGCGCCAGGGAGAAGAUUUGGAGGAGUGGGAGAUGUGUGUCACAAGAUGAUGUCUGAAUGGCACGGGCAAUGGGUAUCUACGAGGGCGUAUGGCUAAAUGGGUAGACCAUGCUGGGGAUUUAUAUCUAUCUUGUUGUCAUUGAAAAGGAGGAGAGGAAGUGGAGGUGGAUGGGGCUGAGGGCUGAUUUGUACUGGAGGUGGUUGGUAGGGGAUGGAGGCUUCUGUGUUCUUGCUUGUUGAGACGAG